GUGUAUGUCUAUGCUGACAUCAUAAUGAAACUUAACUCUAAAGACCCACUUGUUACCAAUAGCUCUCUUCUUAGGUGGUAAAGUAACUACUUCCCAAGUGUGGUUCUUUUAUGUUGAAAUAAACUUUGUAACCCCCGAUGCCUGGAUUAAAACAUAGGAAAUUUCAAUUCUGUCUCUAGCUUGAAACUUUGUUUUGUGAUUGCCGAGAGUGGUAGCAAAUCAAAGACAUGCAAAAACUUUAAGAUAUGUAAGAAUGACUGGCUUGUUGUAGAUUGUUUCGUAUGGGAUUUUUAUUAUAAAAACGAUAAUGGGAACUCCAGUAAUGAGAAACUUGUGUCUUACACAUUCAUCCCAUAAUCCUAUAGGUAACUUGGCUUAAAACUUGAGGGCUCAUAAUACGGUCUAUACAUGAUUGAAUUAUAUAGAUUCAGAUUGUAUUGAUUCGGUUUCGAUCCUACAAAUUAUUUGAAGUGUGAAAUAUGAGUGAACUGACAUUAAAUUUGAAUUGGACAUAGUCAAAUAAAAUGAACUAAACAUACUUUUGGUUUGGUUCUAUUCCUCAUAUUUCCUUUCAUUUUGAUCCAAUUUUAUCUCAAUUGGAAUUGGUUUGCAGGGUAGUCUCCUAUAAUUAUGGGAUUUUGAUUUUUCAAUCGGUUCACUUACCUCAAUUAUUUAAUUUUCUUUUGCCAUAACUAGAGGUGGCAAAUAGAUUGAUUCAUGGAUUGGUGGAUUGGAUUGAUGGAUCCAUGGAUCAAAUGGAUUGGAUCAAGUGGAUUGGUGGAUUAUGUGAAAAGUUUAGGUACUAAAAUGUCAUAAUGAAAAUUUUUAGGUACCAAAACGUAAUUUUACAAUGAUAAUUUUCAUAUAAAAAUCAAAUUUUGGGUACCAAAAUAUAAAAUAAAAAAAGUAUAGCUAUCAAAUCGUAAUUUGCCAAUCCAAUUGGAUUUGGAUCAAAUGGAUUGGAUUAGGUGAAUAUUUUUAAUGGGUUGGUGGAUUGGAUACAUUUAAAUGAUUGAUCAAUUUAUAAUACACAUAUUCAUAGAAUGCAUCCAUCCUAACAAUUGCAAAUAUGAAAUACCAAACGAUGUCUAAAUGUAUAGUCACAGAAUGUAUUCCAGGGGAUAGGGAUUAACUAAUUCGAUAUUAUUGAAAGAAAAAAAUGUGCUAGGUUUUAAAUUUGAAAUAAAUAAGAAAUAAAAUAAAAUAAUAAUAAUAAUAAUAAUAAUAAUAAGAAGAAGAAGAAGAAGAAGAAGAAGAAGAAGAAGAAGAAGAAACCUUUGUUUCAUCUCGUUCUUUUUAAUGAGAAAUAAAAAUACAAAGUGGAAACAUAAAACAAAUAAAUAAAACCGAGAAAACCUACGGGUUACAGGCAUUGUCUUUCAUCUAUCAGUUGUUCCUCCGUCCGCCACGCCUCUGAGGCUCUGACCACUUCUCAUUGGUGGGGUGCAAAAGAAAAUAUAAAAGACAGAAAUAGGAAUAGCGUGAUUGGUUGGUAGUAGAAAAAAAAUCAGGUUAAUUAUAUGGGUGGUCAUUGUUAUUACAAAAAACGUUCAUGUUUGGUCACUUGAAAUAUUUAAAUCCAUUCAUAGUCACUAAAAUUAGUAAAACCGUCCAAGUUUAGUCACUCUCCAUUAGUCUCCGUUAACGACGUCAACUUUUUGAUGACGUGGCUAACAGAAAAGUCUAGUCACCAAAUUUAACCCCAAAAAUUAAAAAAUAUUGUCUGCCACAUCAGGUAAUUCAGCCCAAUCAAUGACUCAAAUCCUAACCUAACUUAUUGACCCGCCAUCAACAAUCCAUCUUUGCACCUCUUCCUCUAGCUCCGUCGCAUCCCCCAAUCUCUAUUCUUCUUCCUCCGUUGCUUUUAAACCUAGUUCUCAAAAAUCCCCUCUUUCAAUUGGAAUCAAAUUGAGCCCAAGAGACAUGAGUAGAUGAAGCGGCCAACGCGAUGAGUCUAUACUUUACAGAUCUGAAUGGGGUAGAUGAUUGGCUCGCCGGAGAAGAUGAAGCGGCCAACAGAUUUGAAUGAGGAAGAUGAUUGGCUCGCUGGAUCCUCUGCUUCUUUUCGAUAAUGGAGGGGUAAGAAGAGGGGCUAGGCGGCUGGAGUCAGAGGGAGAAGAAUAGUGUUGGGGAGAGGAUCUCAAGCGAUGGGUGGGAGAAGAAAUUGAAAGGCAGUUACCGUGUUCUGGAGGUGGUGGUCAAUUUCAUCACAAUGACUUCUUCCUUCAUCUAUGAGUCUCUCCUUCACAACCCCUCUCUUGGGAUUUCAUCCACCCCAAAAAUUACCUCUGGUUUUCAUCUAUUCCACCUGGGAGAAACAAGAAAUUUGAUUAAUUGGGUAGUUGGGUGGAUAUACAGAGGCAGAGAGGUUGUCAGUGAUGGCGAAUAGAAAUAGAGAAGUGGUGUUUAGCCCGGGCUCCAAGGGUACAGGAAUUCACCGGCAUCCCCACACCGCCCUUCUCCGCCGCGUCCCCUUACUCUCGCCUCGACUUCUUCGCCUCCUCCACCCUCAGGUCUGCCGUCGGAUCGACUACAUCUUUGAUUAUGAUAUUCUAGACGCGUGGCUGGUCGGUUCUGUCCAACUUGAGGAAAUGCAACCGAUUCAAGCACCAUUCAGACCUGGUUGUCGAAGGGAAUGCAAGAAAAAUGAAGAACUAGAGUUCAGAUAUGGAAAAGAAACAUGGAUAAAUCCUUAUUUUGUUUGAGUGGUUGGUUUAUGGAUAGGUGGGUCGGUUUGGUUCAAGGAUUUGGUUGGGUUAGGAUGGAAAAAAAUGACAUGGCGGGUCGGAUUUCACUAUCUUUGGGUUAAAUUAGACUGACUACGCGAUUCUGUCUGCCUUGUCAGCACAUAACGGUCUUGGUUAACGCAGACUGACGGAGACUAACGGAGAGUGACCAAACUUGGACGGUUUUACUAAUUUUAGUGACCAUUAAUAGAUUUAAAUAUUUCGAGUGACCAAACAUGAAUGUUUUUUGUAAUCACAGUGACCAACCAUGCAAUUAACCCAAAAAAAAUCACAGAACAAAAAGUACAAGUAUACAGAGAAGAAUAGAUCGGUAAAAUCUUUUGAAUAAUAUUUUUAGAACCAUUAAGUUGAAUUGAAAAAAAGUUAGAAGUUGGUGGUUGAUACUUCAACAACGGUUAAUCGUUGAAAGAAUUGUUCAUGUGCUAUAAUAUAAAAUACAUAUAUAGUACAUUAAUUUUAGGAGUGAAAUUAUCACUAACCUUAAGGAAAUUUAAAGUCAUAUCAUCUAUAAAAAAUUAUAACAAAGUAUUCAAAGUAUCUCACAGAAAUUUCAAUUUUUUUUUAUUUAACUCAAGUUGGUAAUCAGGAUGACAAUCCAUAGUGUACGACAUAAGCUAAUAAGGAGGCUCGGAAAUGAAGAAAAUGAAGCAUAACUAAAAGUAGGGAUUUGAGGUUAGAUGAUCGUAAUUUACUUACGUUAAAGUUUUUUUCUUAAUUUUUUUGGUUAGAAUUGUGAACCAGUGGACCAGUCAAACCAGAACGGUUCAUAUUGAUUUACGCCAAACCGUUAGAUUCAUCGCUAACCUUCCAAUCAAAUGAACCGAACCACAAUUAUAAGUGGUUUAUUAGUUGUACUAGUCUAAUUGUCUAAAAAUUGAUCCUCGGUUUUUUAAGUUAUAACUGGUUUAUUAGUUGUACUAGUCUAAUUGUCUAAAAAUUGAUCCUCGGUUUUUUAAGUUAUAACAAUGGUUUUGACAAAACACCUCUCGUUAAGUCAGAAGUGAUAAUAGAAAGAGAUUUGAGAUUUAUCAUAAUCUUCCUAUUUUAACAACCCACUUAUGGACCUCGUUUUCUUCAACCAGCCAACCAACCGUUCAUUUGUUUUUUCUAUAAAUAAAUAAAAACUAAAAUUUAAUGAUAACAAAGUAACAAUAAAACAAUACAUUCUAAAAAAAAAAAAAAAAAAAAAAAAAAAACAAUACAAUCGGAAACCGAAGAAAACAACCCUACCUCUAUGCCAUCUGAUCUCUCUAACCCUAUCCCUCUGUUCUAUCCUCAUUUCAGCCGCUCCCCUUUCUUCCCUUUCUUUAUUCUCCAUGGGAAUACCUGUGUUUUCCCCUUCUUCAUGGCCGCCGCCGGUAGCCCUUCUCCUGCGGCUGCCGUUGUCUCGCUGGCUCCAUGUUUCUCUGUCUAUUGCCGGAUAGCUCUCCUCCCUCUCCUCUUCCCGGCGUGGUCGAGUUGCUCAUCUCUCUGCCUCAUCCUCUGCGGUUUUUGGGGUAAGUCCGAAUCAUUCAAAGUCCUUUUCUUUUAUUGUUCUUGUCGCUUAAAGAUUGAUUUGGUUGAAGAUGUCUACAAAGUUGCAAUCUUUUGGUUUUGUUGUUAGAUCUAAUUGAUGGAAUUGUUUUUUUUUUCAUUGAGUUUUUUUGUUGGGUCCAAGAUGAUUUGGUGGAGAUAGGGUUUAUUUUGGUGUUGUGAUUUGGUUUCUUCGCCUCGUAAAAUAAUUUAUCUAUUACCAUUUGAUUUCCUCUUUUUGAAUCGAUUGGUUAGGCUUAGUUAUGGGGGCAAAGUUAUGAACUUUGAUUGGUUUCCUUGUCGGAUCGAAGCUGUGAUGAAAAUUGCCUCUUCUUGUUGUUUGCCUCUGAUUCUGUUCAUGUUUUCAAAGGCGAGGGAUGAAUGUCUUCCUGGUUCGUUGUACCAAAUCAAAAGACUUGACUUGACCCUUUGUUUCUAGAUCUCUUAGUGUUCUCUCAGAAGGGUCUUUCCUAUGGAUCUUGUUUGAUCUGGAUCUUGCUCUAAUAGUUUGUUGCUCUUACACAGGCUAAUGGGUAAUCAUCAAUGAAAUGAGCUCUCGAAGACGAGCUCGCGCUGAACCUGAAUCCUUUGAUCAAAGCCAAAGGUUUGUAUCUCAGUCAUUUUCCUCGUUCACUGCUCUUUUGAUUCGAAUAAGCUUUUCCCGAGAGUAGGAAUUGUGAAAAUACAACAAAUUGCAACGAUUCUGAUAUCGUUUUCUGGGUUUGAAUCAACAUCCUACCGUUAGUCCAACCCACUGGGAAAUUCGGAUAUACGCAUCAAAACGAGACUUAAGCUGUAUUCGAUGCUCUAAGUUGAUUUAAGUGGGAUACCUUCGUCUAUAGGAAUGUCUAAGAUAGUAAGAUAGCUACAUCGAUAGGGAUAGGGACACUCCGGUCUUCUUGUUCCAUCCUUGUACGACCUGCAUCGAUAGGGAUAGAGACACACAAUCAAUGUAACAGUCAAGCCUCAUGUAAAAUGAACUUGACAAAACGAUGUAUAAAGUGAAUGACUAAUAACCUUUAGUAUUCUAACUAAGAAAAGAGUUACAAAAUUAUUAACGAUAACAAAAAAAUAGCAAAUGUUUUGAUAUAUUACAAAAUAUUUGGCUAAUAUUUGUACUUCGAAAAGCUUUGCAAUAAGCAUUACUAACAAAAUUACUAACAAAAUUACUAAUGGAUUCUUGCUAUGUUACUAACAAAGGCUACUGCUGCCAUACCACAAGGUAGUCCCACUUAUUACCAACCAUUAGCCUAGUGUUAAAUCCUCGUUAAAAGUUUUGUUAGUAAUGCUUAUUGCAAAGCCUUUCGAAGUACAAAUAUUAGCCAAAUAUUUUGUAAUAUAUCAAAACAUUUGCUAUUUUUUUGUUAUCGUUAAUAAUUUUGUAACUCUUUUCUUAGUUAGAAUACUAAAGGUUAUUAGUCAUUCACUUUAUACAUCGUUUUGUCAAGUUCAUUUUACAUGAGGCUUGACUGUUACAUUGAUUGUGUGUCUCUAUCCCUAUCGAUGCAGGUCGUACAAGGAUGGAACAAGAAGACCGGAGUGUCCCUAUCCCUAUCGAUGUAGCUAUCUUACUAUCUUAGACAUUUCUAUAGACGAAGGUAUCCCACUUAAAUCAACUUAGAGCAUCGAAUACAGCUUAAGUCUCGUUUUGAUGCGUAUAUCCGAAUUUCCCAGUGGGUUGGACUAACGGUAGGAUGUUGAUUCAAACCCAGAAAACGAUAUCAGAAUCGUUGCAAUUUGUUGUAUUUUCACAAUUCCUACUCUCGGGAAAAGCUUAUUCGAAUCAAAAGAGCAGUGAACGAGGAAAAUGACUGAGAUACAAACCUUUGUCUUAGAUCAAAGGAUUCAGGUUCAGCGCGAGCUCGUCUUCGAGAGCUCAUUUCAUUGAUGAUUACCCAUUAGCCUGUAUAAGAGCAACAAACUAUUAGAUCAAACAAGAUCCAUAGGAAAGACCCUUCUGAGAGAACACUAAGAGAUCUAGAAACAAAGGGUCAAGUCUUUUGAUUUGGUACAACGAAUGAGGAAGACAUUCAUCCCUCGCCUUUGAAAACAUGAACAGAAUCAGAGGCAAUUCUCAUCACAGCUUCGAUCCGACAAGGAAACCAAUCAAAGUUCGUAACUUUGCUCCCAUAACUAAGCCUAACCAAUCGAUUCAAAAAGAGGAAAUCAAAUGGUAAUAGAUAAAUUAUUUUACGAGGCAGAGAGACGAAUAAACCAAAUCACAACACCAAAAUAAACCCUAUCUCCACCAAAUCAUCUUGGACCCAUCAAAAAAACUCAAUGAAAAAAAAAACCAUUCCAUCAAUUAGAUCUAACAACAAAACCUAAAGAUUGCAACUUUGUAGACAUCUUCAACCAAAUCAAUCUUUAAGCGACAAGAACAAUAAAAGAAAAGGACUUUGAAUGAUUCGGACUUACCCCAAAUCAUCUUGGAUCCGCAAUCGCUCUACAAUGACGACAUCCGCUUCAGCGUGCUCCACAGCCAACCAACAUAGGCCAGCAGAUCGGGCCUGAGUUGGCGUGAUGUCGGUUUCGAUAGUAAGGCAGCCAGCUCUCUUAUGUUCAUUUCCUUCCUGGUUUUCUUAGUGUUUUCUGAAUGUGGCUCAGUGAUUAGCCUCAAUGCACAAGUCAAAGCCGUUGAUGCUGCUGCUAGGGUGGUCAGGGAUGACUUAGCUUGACUAAUUAGGCACACUACCCUACAGGGCUUAAGUUUGGGUUCACAUUAGGGCAAUGGACAACACUUGUGAGGUCUUUUCUGUGUGCUUUCACUCCAGUAAUACCCGGUAGACUCGCUAGUGGCUAAGUUAGUCAUUUAUGAUUGAGCCACUCGACACAUGACUGCUUCUAGUUCUUGGGGUUCUCUGCUUCAGUUGGGCGUGUGUUCGUUCGAUGUUUGGUGGAGCUUAGUUCACAUGUUGAAUGGUUUAGCCCAUUCGUUUCUUUGUUUGUUUUAAGUAUGGAUUCUUCUAGCAAGAUGAAUCUGCACUCUUUAAUUAAGUUGUCAAUGUUCAUUAACAUCUCCACAUUGCUUGAUUCUCAAUAAACUUGGGGGGCAUCUAUAAGAGAGCAGGAAAGUUUGGAUUUCUUGCUGGACUCUCAAUCAACAUGGGGAAUCGGUACUCCUACUUCGCAUCAUCAAGGCCGAAUUUGUUGUGUGCUUAUUCUUUUUGGGUUUCUGUCUUUCUCUGUUGUCAAUCGCUUUAUGGAUAUUGGUAAUUGAUUCCUUGUUUAAUUAAUUAUUCCAAGGUUU